GUCUGUGUGGUAACUUGAAUAUAGAUUUUACAGUUUUUACUGAACGAGGCUAGAUUUAGGUUGGAUUCAGUGUUAAGUACUGGAUUAAGAUUACGGUCAACGUUGGAGUUAUGCUCAGGAUUUUUGUUCCAGGCUGAGUUGUCGUUCAAUAGGAAGUAAAACAUUGAGUGGACAGCUUUAAUUGUACAAAUUAUGACUAUGAGAACCAAACUACAAUGCGCCUCUGUCACUGUCUUCAUUUUGUCAGUGACCAGUUUCAUUGUCAUCAUUUCCUACACAUCAAGAACGAACACUCGGGCGCAGUUUGAAAAACAAGAACUCGACGACUACUUACGGAACCGCCCGAACAGCAUUCGGGACUCGAUCAGGAAAAGACAACUCUCCUCGUCUCGAGAAAGAAAAAACGGCAACGCCACAGAGAUUUUAGCCAACAAGAAACGCGAGUUAUCGAACGUUGAUAGGGCGGGGGUAGACGAAGAUUAUAAUUUUGAUACAGGGGAAAAGACGAGUACAAAAACUCAGAUUGUCGUGACAGCGAAACAAACUACAAAUGGAUCCAGUUUGUUCUUUCCCCAGCACAAAGUCACCAAGACGUUUCGCCUCGUCGACCGCGGAGAAAACAUCCAAGCCGGUACGGUGCAAGUCCACAUCCCCACAGCCGUACACUACGACAACUACCCCGUGCCGUCCGGCUUCAACGUCUUCCUCAACGGCUGGGCGCGCCACAACGACAGCAUGAACUUCAAAUGCUGCUUCUUGCACUCCUUCACGCCCUCACCCAAAACCCAGAGCGUGACCUUCACCGAGGUCCAAUCACAAGUCUACAAUGUUUACAAACAAUGGAUCGUCGAUAUGCAAAACGCGGAGUUCACCUGUUCCCUUCCUCAAGAGUACAUGACCUCUAUUGGGAAAUCCCAGUUUGAUUACGUCACACUAGUUAAAGAUUCGUGUCUAGACGCGCCGGGUGACGUCAUGAGGAUUGAGUACCCGAAAAAAGUUGCGAAUUCCGUGGGGUUGUGUUUGAAGGUGUCGUACGGGAAACUUGACCCCGAGAAGGUGUUGGAGUGGUUUGAGUACUCCAAGCUGAUGGGCGUGACCAAGGUGUUCACCUAUUACUUUGACGUGGACCCGCCCGGGAUGAAGGUGUUGCGGUACUACAACACCACCGGGUUCCUGGACCUCGUGUUGAUACACCCGGCCAAAUCCAAAAACGGUAAAGAUCGAGGAUUCCGGCACCCCCGUUAUUCCGAGCAGGCUUUUGUCGACGAGGUGAUGGGCGUGAACGACUGCAAGCACCGGAUGUCCAACUACGAUUACGUCAUCGUCAUGGACGUGGACGAGUUCAUUGUUCCACUGGGGGAGAUGAGCACGUACCAUCAAGUGUUGAAGGCCGCCAGUACCAAGUACCCCACAGCAGGCGGAUUCCAGAUAGAUUCGUACGUGGUGGUGACGUCAUGGGGCGCCACGAGGGACUCGCCUCUGCAUCUGACCCGCUACGUCAACCGAACCUCUGUGGUCAACUACGACGGGGCUCACAGAAACACCAGAUGGGCUUUCAUGCCACACAGGACGUUCUACGCCAGGAACAACUUCGUCUACGUUAGAAAGGGCUUUGCUGUAGAGCCGAUCCCCCAUGACUUCUACAAGCUGUUCCACUACCGCUCCUGCAAGAGACAGUGGGGCGACUGCGCCAAGACGCCCAAGGAGACGGACAAGGCCAUACUAAAGUACGAGGUUCCACUCAUCAGCAACAUCGUCAAGCUCCCGCUAUCGGAGCUGCUGGAUUCGAACCCGGCCUACGUGAAGAAGGUCACACAGUGGUGGGAGAACUACCAGAGGCGGAAGUUGUAGCCUUAACACUUUCGGUACUAGGAAUGGAAGUGGUGGCUGUAACCCUUUAGGUACUAUGAAUGGAAGUUGUAAGGUUAACCGUUUUGGCACUAAGAGCGGAAGUUGUGGUUUUAACCGUUUUGGCACUAAGAACGGAAGUUGUAGCCUUAACACUUUCGGUACUAGGAAUGGAAGUUGUAAGGUUAACCGUUUUGGCACUAAGAACGGAAGUUGUAGUUUUAACCCUUUCGGUACUAACGAUGGAAGUUGUGGUUUUAACCAUUUGGGUACUAAGAAUUGAAGUUUUUUUAAAACUCUCUUGACUUUUAUGAAUGGGCGAGAGUUUUAAAAAGUAUCAGCGGUGACAAUUGGUGAUUUAACCCACAGUAAUCCAGAGUUAAAAUUAAAAUAUCUGUGUUUCAUUGACCUAAAGGGUUUGAAGGGCCAACUGCAUUAUUAACUCUAUUGAUUGUAGAGAGAAAGAGAGAGAGAGAGAGAG